GGCGCUGCCCCGCGGCUCAGGGGCGGCUGCCCGCGGCAUGGGUCUUGAGCUCCGGCCGAGAGCCCGCGGGUGGCGGUGAAAGGAGCGGCCCCGCCGUGUCCGCGGCCCCAGAGAGAAGAGGCCGGGCGCCCGCGGGCGGGUUGUCGCCGGGGCUGCGAGCGGCGGGGCUCGGGACCCGGAAGCAGAAGCGGGACCGGGAGGCGGCUGGAUGGGAAGAAGCGGCGGCGGCGGCGGGAGGCGAUGGGGGAGCAGCAGAGCUCGCUGAGCGCCUCGCGGGCUGCCGCCGCCGCGCCGCCCAGCCCGGCCGGGGGCUCACGGGAGGACGGUCCGGAGGAGAGGCCGCCGCCACGGGAGGCGGCCGGGCCGGGAGAAGGUGGGGAGCCUCCGCCCUCCAUCGGCUCCGAGAGACGAGGGGGCGGCGGGGACGCAGCGGGGGAGGACGAAGAGGAGGCGGCCGGGCCGGAGCCGCCGGGCGCGGGGGAAUCGGCGGAGGAGGGGCUGGAGGGGGGCAGCGGUCGGCGCCGCCCGGCCCGACGGCACGUGUAUUGCACCGUGUACUGCGUGGAGAACGACCGGCCGGGCCCCGGCUCCCCGCCCAGCUCCGGCAGCGCGCAGCCCCCGGCCCGGCGCGGGGUGGCGGCGGGCGGCGACCCGCUGUCAGCGGGCGGCAGCAUCGAGGUGGUGGACUUGUACCUGCUGCCCGAACCCUUUUCCGGGCUGAUCGGCGGCGACUUCGGGCCGCUGCUGGUGCUGAGCUGCCGAGUGUGCCUGGAAGAGAAACCCGUCAAGCCCCUGUCCUGUUGCAAGAAGGCGGUGUGCGAGGAGUGCCUCAAGCGGUACCUCAGCUCCCAGGUGCAGCUGGGACAAGCAGAUAUAAAAUGCCCGAUCACAGAGUGCAGCGAACACCUGGAUGAAACAACUGUCCUCUAUAACCUGCCCCACGAGGACAUUAUCAAGUAUAAAUAUUUCCUGGAACUCAGCCGCAUCGACUCCAGCACGAAGCCAUGCCCUCAGUGCAAGCACUUUACAACCUUCCGGAGGAGAGGCCACAUUCCUACCCCUGCCAAAUUGGAGAACAAAUACAAAAUCCAGUGUCCAUCUUGCCAAUUUGUCUGGUGUUUUAAGUGCCACUCUCCCUGGCAUGAAGGUGUUAACUGCAAAGAGUACAAAAAGGGAGACAAGCUGUUGCGUCACUGGGCCAAUGAGAUUGAGCACGGGCAGAGGAAUGCUCAGAAGUGUCCAAAAUGCAAGAUCCACAUCCAGAGAACAGAAGGGUGUGACCACAUGACCUGUUCCCAGUGUAACACUAAUUUCUGUUACCGCUGUGGGGAGAGAUACCGCCAGCUCCGUUUCUUUGGAGAUCACACAUCAAACCUCAGUAUCUUUGGAUGCAAAUACCGCUACCUCCCCGAGAGACCACACUUGAGGAGAUUAGUGCGAGGCUCUGUCUGUGCUGGAAAGCUACUCAUCACACCCCUAAUACUGAUUCUGGGACUGGCACUGGGAGCCGUAGCUGUUGUAGUAGGUUUAUUUGUGUUUCCUAUCUAUUGCCUUUGUAAAAAGCAGAGGAAGAGGUCACGGACAGGUAUGCCCUGGUAAGGAUGGGCCAUACUCACUGAACUGAGCUGGUCCUGCAAAGGACUAUACACGGUUUGUGCAACAGAGCAAUACAGUGCUGGUAACGGCAUCACAGCCAUCGCCCUGGAAGAAGAGUGGGGGAUCUCCUGCAUCUUCUCUCAGCUGAAACACUACUGCAGACCAGAAAGCCUCUUUGCUCUGGUGCACUCUGAACAGGAUGGGUCCCCUGACUGCUGCUUUUAAAAUAUUUUUUCUAUUAUUAUUACUUUGAAGGGGUUUUUUUGAAAGAUUUAAGUCUAAGUUCCUGAACUAGACAAUCAAAGUCUGUAUUUUAGCCACAACUCUACUACCGAUUUGGCCUGUGAAGAAAUCAUGUAACUGCUAACAUGUUCUGUUUGACUUCAGUGUUCGCCUUUAAGGGGGAAAUGCUUAGAAGUGUUUGGACUCUUACUGUAUACUGAGCAUACUACUUUUGGUAUUAAAUACUACUUCUGUAAAUAACUUCCAUCACACAGCAUUCUGUUCAGCAUACCAAAACCCCAUCACAUGCCAGAAUAUGACAGCUGGUUAUCUUCUGAGUUGUCCUACUAGAGAGCAAGAGUUCAGAUUGCAUUUGUGCAGCAUGGAUUGCCACAGCCAAAUAACAGUGCCUCAGAAAUAUUCUUACUAUUAUUGAAACUUCAUGAUACUUACAAAUAUGCUGGUUGGUUUUCCUUUUGUAUUUAAUUUUUGGAAAUCCAUUAAUAUUGAUGAGAAAUUGGCGUUUGCCAGAUGAGUAGAGCAUUUUGAACCUUUCUCAGUACAAGAAAAGAUUUCAAGGGUUUAGAUAACAAGAAGUAACUUGAGACAAAACAGGCCAUUGAUAUCCACUGAAAUGUGACACAGAACAUAGAAGGAAAUGAAUUUGAAGAGAAGCUGGAGACCUGUUCUUCUGUUCUGAACUAGCAUAUAGUACAUAGUCUACACACUAGGGUGUGUGCAAGAUUGACUUAAUGAAAUCCUAUAACCUAAAUAGCAUGUACAUUUGCUUUGUAAGUAGCCUACGUAAGUCUUAGAGUAUCCACUGGCGUUUCAUGAAGAAGAUGUAUGAAUUCUGGUUAAAGGAAGUGAUCGUUAAUUAUUAGGAGACCAUUUCAUUCUUAUUCUCUACUUCCAGUGUCACUGUUCCUGGUGUGUAACAGAUCUGAAGAGAAUAACAAUCCAUGGCCUUUAUUCCUGAGCUUCAGAGUACCUCUGUUCGUCACUGGACUUCUUUCUCAUCACAUCACUACAAGGGCAAUGUAAUUUGGAGUUGAGACUCAGUUUUUCAUUUCUAGUUAUAAUCCAAAUGUAUCGUACAAAUACAACUUAAAAGAAAAUAAUGAAGUUGUGUUAACAGUGAUACACCAAAGUGAGAAAAUUAGAAAAAUACCUACUUAUAUUGAAAAGAGCUGUGGUCUUGAAGAUUAGAUUUGUAGUGUGAAGGUACUUUUUGAAUGUUUGAAGACACGUAUAUGUGUAUAUAUAGAUGCAUAUUUAUGUGGGAGAUGGGAAAGGGAGAUAAUCAGUGCCCUAAGUCUACAGACUUCAAAAUUAACACUCAGAAAUAGUGUAUCUUUUGAGAGGGUUUACUUUGUACCUCCUUCUCCGAAAGUUAUUACACCUGAAUCUAGUUGUAACUUUUAAGUAAACAGUCCACUUCCCUGCCAACAUAAUACUCCGUUAUCAUAAGAUACUCACUCUGACUUCAAAGCCUCAGUGGAAGAACUGAUGAAUUCUGUUUACUUGGAAACACAAAUAUCAGCUGACCAUAGUUGGCUAGUAUGUGUCUUUUCAGACAGCUUCUGGUUUUGUUUCCUUGUUAUUUUUUUUUCCUCUUGUUGAAACCGUGAACACAAGCAUACUGUAACAGUCAGCAGUACUUUGCUUAAUUUUUUGUUUGAAUUUAAGGGCGUGUUAACCCUGUUGUCCUGUCAGUUGCAAUAGUACCUUUGUAAGAUGUGUUAAUUAAGCUGGGAAGCAAUGACAUUUAGAAGUAAAGUUCAAAUACUAUUCUCAAUGCAAAUGCACCUGCUAAUUAGAUUUCUUCUUUUAUAACACAUCACUUUUCUAGUUCUGUUUUAUCUGCAGGUUGGAAGCUGCCUUAAAAUCAAGUCUUGGUUUUGAGUGUUUUCUGAGGCCAUACAUAUCAGUUGUCUUUGGCUUACUCAGGGAUUCUUAUUCCUUUGUUUAAAUGUCAAAUAAUGAAAAUAUUUUUGUAUUAUUUAGAAAAUUUCAGACCUCAGAGAGUGAGAGAUGCAUUUAUAUAUAUAAAUAGAUUUCAUUUUGCAAUACAGUCUGUAAUACCAUGUCAAACUAUUCCACUUGAGAAUGUUUUAGUACUUGAGAUUAUCUGUAACUAUACAGUGUGUUAAUUUCCUUUCUUCUCCUGUUUCCUUAUAAACUAUGUGAGAUACUCUUGCAGUUGUCUUAGCUGUAUUUUCUCUUCUGUUCACUAUUUUCAGUUUCUGAGUUCAGUAAGAUCUGAAAUUAAAAAGCUACAAUAAUGAGCAUAAAGGGAAGAAAUAGAUCUGCAUUUAUUUUACUUUCAAGAAGAAUGUUAUGAGUGGAGGGAAAAGCAUACGUCUCAACUCCUACAUUAUAAUUUCAUUCAGAGCAUUUGGAUUUUAUCAGAACAGAUUAAAUGAAAGUGGUUCUUCAGUUUUUUUUUUU